UUAUUAUUAUUAUUAUUAUUUGACUUUAGUGUUUCCAUUAGUAAUAGUAUUGUUUGUAUUUCUCACAGUAGUAGCAUAUCGCAGUUAUUCUCCUUCUCUCUCCCACUCUUAAGGACACUGAUGCCUCGCACCCGAGCGCAGCACACACUCGGUUAAUUAUGCAGAGUGUAGGCACAACAAUGUGCAGAGCAAUACAAGGAUACAGUGGGAGCUAACUGUCUGUGGAUGCUCUUGGACUUAUAACAGCUGGUGCCUGCGAACACAGAGAUUCAGUCAAACUUAUGGCGUGAAGGGCCCAUUCUUGGCCUUCGUCAUUCACAGCUAAUGGAUGUCCUUACCCCAUAUGCCUACAACGACAGUUUCUAUGACAAUGGAACAUGGAGCUUCAACGAGACGCAUCAAGAGCAGAAGCACCAGUACAACUACUAUGCCAUGCUGCUUACGUUGCUCAUCUUUGUCAUUGUCUUUGGCAAUGUGUUGGUGUGCAUGGCUGUUUCCAGAGAGAAGGCUCUGCAGACCACCACCAACUACCUGAUUGUCAGCCUGGCGGUUGCUGACCUUCUGGUAGCGACGCUUGUUAUGCCCUGGGUUGUCUACUUGGAGGUUGUGGGAGAGUGGCGCUUUAGCAAGAUCCACUGUGACAUCUUUGUCACUCUCGAUGUAAUGAUGUGUACAGCCAGCAUCCUCAAUCUCUGUGCCAUCAGCAUUGAUCGUUACACAGCAGUUGCAAUGCCGAUGCUGUACAAUACUCGCUACAGCUCCAGGAGAAGGGUCACAGUAAUGAUCUCUGUGGUGUGGGUACUGUCUUUCGCUAUUUCAUGUCCUCUGUUGUUUGGCCUUAAUAACACAGCUACUCGUGACGAGUCUCUCUGUGUGAUCGCCAAUCCGGCCUUUGUGGUCUACUCCUCUAUUGUGUCCUUCUAUGUUCCCUUCAUCAUCACUCUGCUGGUUUAUGUGCAAAUUUAUGUGGUCCUGAGGAAGCGCCGGAAACGUGUCAACACCAAACCGAAGCAGCGUAUCUGCCAGGCUGUUGACCCUGAUGCAGCCACUUCACUGAAGGAUAAGUGCACUCAUCCGGAGGAUGUGAGGUUGUGCACCAUGAUUGUUAAAUCAAAUGGGAGUUAUCCUGUCAACAAGAAGAAAGUGAUUUUCAUCAAAGAUGUAGUUAAUGAGGGGGAAGAUCUGGAGCUCGAUGAGCUGAACAACAGUGGCAGUAGCCAGAAACAGAGGAAGCAGUCACAGUGUGCUCUUGGAGACAUCCCGGCCACGAGUCAUCAGCUACUGAUGCCUGACAAGGCCAACACUAGCCCCACCUCCACACCUCCCACACCACCUGAGGAGAGCCAGAAGGCAGAGAAGAAUGGAGAUCCAACCAAAGAGGCUCUGAGGGAUCCUGCACCUGUCGUGGCUAAAGCCUUCCAGACACAGGCCUUACCUAAUGGCAAAACUCAGACCUCUGUGAAAACUAUGAACAAGAGGAAGAUCUCCCAGCAGAAGGAGAAGAAAGCCACUCAGAUGUUAGCCAUUGUGCUUGGCGUAUUCAUCAUAUGUUGGCUGCCGUUCUUCAUUACACAUAUCUUGAACACCCACUGCACAAAAUGCAAGGUCCCCGCUGAGAUGUAUAACGCUUUCACUUGGCUGGGUUACGUGAAUAGUGCUGUAAAUCCCAUUAUAUACACCACCUUUAAUGUUGAGUUCAGGAAGGCUUUCAUCAAGAUCUUGCACUGCUAAACUGCAACAUCACUCGUCUCACCAGACAGAGGGAGGAGUGAUGGAUUAAAAACGUCUCUCCUUUCAAAUACCUCAUCCUGCUAAGGAAAAAUGCACCACACACGGAAAGCUACGAUUUCCUCUUUUGAAGCGAGAGAACUGAGUGAGUGAAGAGCUGACAGUGUCUUACGCGGAAGACACGUGGCUGCUCAUGUGAAUUGUUUGUGGACUUCAAAAACACUGAAUGUAAAAUAAGAAAUGUCUGUAACGAUGACUUGUUUGAUGGAGAAAAGAAAAUCCUAUCAUUGUUCUCUAACAUUAUUGUGCUUGUCAAGUAAGGAGCCAUCUGUGUAUACCACACACGUACAAGUUGCAAAAACGCUAUUUAUUGUGUGUGUACUCUAUGUUUUGAUGAUGGAAAUAUUCAGCAAAUCUAAUAGAUAUCAAGUCAGUGUUCAUUGCAGUGUUAAAACAGAUAUGUGAGCUCUCUAUCUUAAAAACUUUUCACUCAUUGGAAUGUGUGUUUAAGAGACUAUUUACUUGCUGUAUAAUGUGGCAAUGCCAAUAUCCAUAUAUUUGCAAUUUUAUAAAUUGGGAAAUCAUAUGUUAUUAUCUUAUAUUAUUACUACUACUAUUCUUUGUUGUAUAUAUUUUUUUCUAAACAAAAAUAACUGUGAUUUAUGCCUGCAAUGAUAAUGUGAUGCAUGCUACACUGCUCCUCUACUUGACUUCUCAUGAAAUGUAUGUUUAGCAAAAAAAAGUCCAAAAGAUGUCCAAUAAAUAAAGUUAUGAGACACUGUGAUGUGCCACAUGAA